AUGUCAUCACCACAUUCAACUUAUUAUGAGGCCACUGACACACCCAAAGGUACAACUUACUUUGUUUUAGAAUUAGUUGAUGAAUUUAUUAAAGAAUUUAAAAAUCUAAUAAAUAAUAUUUCAACAAAACAAGAACAAAAAUCAAGAAACAUAUUUUUUAAAGAAAUUUCUUUACGUAUUAAUAUGAUUCAAUUCUUCUAA